AAGGGUAAAUAAAGAAUUCACUGCGUUCCUAAAGCCUUCGGUCUUUCAACUUCCGGUAUCAAUCAUGAAGAUUGAACUUUGCUCGUACAGUGGGUAUAAAAUCUACCCUGGACAUGGAAAACGUAUCGUCAAAGUUGACGGAAGGGUUUUCCAGUUCCUCAACAGUAAAUGUGAGGCCUCACACAUGAUGAAGAGGAACUUAGCUGCUAAAGAAAAACAAAAGGCAAAGGAUGCCCAAAAGAAACAACAGAAGGCCCAGGCAUCAAGAACUGCCCAGCCUAAGAUGAAGCCCUCACAGAAAGGCGGAGCCGCAACAAAACCACGAGUGGGAGGAAAACGUUAAUAUUUAUAUCAAUAAAAACAGACUUCUGGGA